AUGCUAAUGUUAAUUCUAUACUAUGUUUAUAAAUGGAUGACCGUUCCAUGGGCUUAUUACGAAAGCGCUCGAACCCGAAGAGUUAUACAUCACCAAUCCUCCACAGAAAUGAAACAAGCAGGGCUUGCAAAUACAAAGCAAGACGAUGCUUAUUCCAAACGUAUGCAAGCAGAGCAUUCUAAAAGAAAAUUAAUAACUGCAGAACUCCGUCGCCACGAACUAGCUGGUCUAAUUUGGGUUACAGUAUCACCAGCCAUUGCAGGUUACACAUUACAAUAUAGCAGAUAUCUACUUAGCAACGUUGAUAAAUACAUUAGUGCCUUUAAUGUUACUGUCUUCAUAUUAGCUGCAUCUAUAAAACCAGUAUCACACAUCAUGGCUUUAUUGCAAGAACGUACUUUGUUUCUUCAAAGUGAAGCCAUAGUUACAGACACUCAAGUUCAAGUAUUGCAGACAAGGUUAGAUACUUUAGAAAAAGAGCUGUUUGGACUUCGCAAAGCGUUUGUUACAAAAAAAGAUUUGGGACAAGUUACUGAAGAGAUCAAUCCUACGUUACAUCAGCUAGCAAAGGCACUAAAACGAUUCGAAAAACGUGACAUAUCAUUAAGAUCAUGGACUGAAGAACAAUUUACAGCAUUGGAUUUAAAAGUUCGUGAAUUUGAUCAAUAUAUCUGCUAUAGGAUUGAACAAGAUCAACGUCAGCAAGCACAUGGUCUAGUUGUUAGCCUGGUACUGCUCCCACUUAACAUAUCUCUUUGGGCUGCAAAGAGAAUUACUUUGCUAUUGCCUAUUCAUCACAGUUCAAAUCUUCUGGGUUUUACUCCUCCACAAGAAACAAAUCCAAUAAUUCCAAAGUCUGUAUCUUCCAAAAAUUUAAUGACGACAGUUAUACCUGAUCCAACAGAUUCAAGUCGAUCAAAUGAUGGAAGCAUUGCUGCAUUUGGACACUAA